AUAGCUGCACGACUCACGUCUGGGCUCACGCAGGCAAAGACGAGAUUGUCUGUCAUCUGUCUCUAGUCAAGACUCCGAUCGAGGCUCCUAUAAGAUCGCGCGCUCUUUCUGGGACAUGUGAGUGGCUUGGACACCCUCCAUCUCACGCAGCAGCCUUUCCCGUCUAGAUUUCGCGCUGGCUUACGCAUGUCGAUGCCAGCAGCUAGGCGAAGUUGCAAAAAUUUCGCAGUGCGCGCGCCUACGUUGAUACGUUACAGCUAUGAGGUGAGUUUGUUGUGUUCAAAAUUCUUAUCGGAUCGCAAGCAGCAGCAGCUACGCGGCGCGCGCACUCGCGCGUAUCUUCUAAUCACCGGAGUGAUCUGCAUGGUCUGCGUCCUCGUCGCGGGCAUCCGCGGCGGCGGCUGUGUCAAUCAGCGCAGCAGCAGCAAGAGCUAUAGGCGAGCGCGACGCGCGCAUGCAAAAAGCAUGCAUCAUGCGCGCUUUUAUACGGAGGAUAUCGUCGAACGACGACGAAUCGUGAUCAGAAGAGCCUCGCCCAUUUCGAUAACCCUCCGCUCGGCCGCUUCGCACAAGGGUAAAACAGCAGAUAAAGACUUCAUCAACACUCGUGACUCGACUUCCUCUCAAGCUCUGUGAGCCAGUCAGCGCGAAGUGCUGAGCGCUGACCACUUCCGUCGAAACUGAGUAGCCAGGGCCCAGCGCAAACAUUUCUCAUUUUCGGUGAGGCAGCCGCGCGAGAUUGCG